UACGGUUUCCAUCUGCGGUUGUGGGGCGCACUCUAUAUGAACAGCGAUCAGGUCAAGUGUCUAGACUAUUAAUCAAGUCUUAUCACUACUCUACAGGCUGUCCACAGCACACAAUCGCUUGCAAACUUCCAGCGCAAAUCCUGACUAAUCUCGCACGGCCAUGGCAAAAACAACCGAGUUAACCCCACCAUUUGAAAAGACUUACUACUACGAUGGAAGGAAGGAUAGACUAAUGGUAUCCGCUAUGCACCCCGAUAGUAUACGCGCACUGAAAGACUUCGAAGUCAGAGACGAAGACGUAUACGUCGUAACAUACCCGAAAGCAGGUACCACCUUCAUCCUUGAGAUCGUGGAUGCUAUUCUGCACAGAGGAAACAUCGACGAAAUCAAAGGGAAAAGGAUGGAGGAUAAACUUAAUCUGAUCGAAUUGGGCCCGGCACCAGGCAUCGAAAUUGCUACGUAUAAAAAAGUGUCGACGUGGAAGUCGCCUCGACAAAUCCAGACGCAUUUGUCAGUCGAUCAGAUGCCACCGCAGGUGUUCACUAAAAAACCUAGGAUUAUCUUUGUAACAAGAAAUCCCAGAGAUUGUUGCAUAUCUCUCCACGAAUGGCAUGCGACUGUCAAGUUCUUGGAACCAUGUGAAUGGGACUAUUUUGUCGAUCGUUUUUCAGAAGGCCAAACUAUCUAUGGAUGUUGGUUUGAACACUUGGCAGACUGGAUGAAGUUGAGUGGCAGGGACAACUUCCUGCAUUUAAAAUUCGAGGAUAUCAAAGAGGAUCGCCAAGGUGCUUCGGAGACUGUUGCUAAGUUCCUUGGUUACGACUUAACCCCCGAUGAGAUGAAGAGAGUCGUAGACCAUACUGAUUUCAAUAACAUGAAAGAAUAUAUGAAAACAGUAACACAACGUGACGUGUUCCUACGUGAAAAUAGACAUUGGCAACGCAAAGGAAUUGUGGGCGACUGGAAGACAAAUUUCACAGUGGCACAAAACGAAAAAUUCGAGGAAUACGAAAAACGUAAAUGCAAGGAGUAUGGAAUCGACUUCACCCAAUACUACACCAAGACACCUAAGAAAUAAAGAGACACAACACAGACCGCACACGCGAUGUAUAAACCGUAACCAUAUUUACAUCUUGGAUUAUAAGCUCGCAUCGCCCCAUUUAAUAUUUUAAUAUCACACUUUAAUAUUUUAAAAGAAUAACAUACCAAUUCAUGGUUAAUGACCAAGCUUUAAUUGUAAUUCAUAUAAUUGGUUACAUAUUGUUUUCAAUUAAACAAUAGUCUGUUUUUGUGUUCAGGCUCCACUAAAAAUAUAAUAAAAUAAUUGCAUUUGGUAUAAAAACCGUGUUACCAUAUCAUAUAUAUAUAUAUAUCUUGAAUGUUAUAAUCCUUCUAAUUGAUUAUUUCCCUGGUUGUUUAUUAUGGAUAUAUAUUCACAAAGAGGCUGUACUCAUCGAUAACAUUUAUUAUUAGUAAAUAAAACAGACUUUUCAUCACA